CGGCUGGCAGCCGACCGGGCUUGUCCCCUGGGCGGGCGGGGGAGAGCCCGGGCAGGGCUGCGGGGCUUUGCCCGAGCCGGAGGCGGGGAGCGGGGAAUCACGUGACCGCGCGGGCUGGCUCGGCGGCUGCGGGGAGCCGGGCGGCUGCCGGGGCGCCGCGAUCGCACUGAGCUGGAACUGCUAACGCGCCCGCGGCUGCUGCGGGGGGAGGACCAGCUCCCCCCCCCUCCUCCUCCUCCUCCGCAGCGCCGCAGGGACCCGCCGACCCCGGGCAGCCGCGGCAGCCUCUCCAGCAGCAGCAGCAGCAGCAGCAGCAGCACCGCCACCCGCAGCAGCACCAUGGACCUUUCCUUCAUGGCUGCACAGAUUCCUGUUAUGGGAGGAGCCUUCAUGGACUCACCCAAUGAGGACUUUGGUACAGAAUACUCCUUGUUUAAUUCAUCGGCCAAUGUCCAUGCAGCUGCUUCAAUGCAGAACCAGCCGGAAGAGACAUCCCGCUCCUCAAACGAUGCCAUAUUGUUAUGGAUUGCGAUCAUAGCAACAAUUGGAAACAUUGUGGUUGUGGGAGUGGUGUAUGCCUUCACAUUCUAAGAAGACCGGAGACUGGAAUACUGCAGGAGUGGACGGCUACAAGUGUGUUUGUUGUGUGUUUGUGUAUAUAUACAUGUAUAGCUAUAUAAAUAUAUAUAGGUAGACACAUUUUGUUAAUUGUAAGCUGUGACAGUACUAGAAAUGAAGUGCAAGUUAUUAAACUUGAACUUCAGUUGCAAAGUUUGGAUGCAUUGGCAAAUUUUGUGGCAGUGAAAGCUUUAAUCAAGAACAGCCAAUACAUGUCAUAUAUAAAUUUGAUGUGAAAGGCCAAUGUUGAUAUGUGAAAUACAGAAUGAAAGCAGGUUUUAUGUAAAAAAUGCUUAUUUCCUAUUGGUUGGAUUUUCUAGUAGCUCUUCUGUUUUUUGUUUGUUCCUUUUGUUGAGUUUUUAAUCUGCUUUUGGGAUUGAUAUUUCUAUCACAACAUUAUAUGAAAAAUGCUCUGUAUCUUAUUCUCCAUGGAAAUCUAGUUAUCUAGAUGUCCAGAUGCAUUGGAUGGUGGGCAUUGGCUCAAUUGUAAUUAACGGAUUUUCAGGAUUCUUGUGUGUUGAACUAAAAUACACAUGAUCAGUUGGCUAUGUUUAAAGUGUAGAUAUUAUUAAUCUUAAAGCAGUGGGCAUGCAGGUGGAUGCAUGGCUGGUUUAACUAGGACUCUCAUUCUAAAGACAGCGAGCAGAGAUGAUAAUCUGAGUGUUAAUACUGAAUCUGCUUGAUAUUUCCAGAACCUGUACUCCAGAGGAUGAAGUGCUGGCAAGUGAGUUUUAAAUGGGAGAGGCAAAAGCUCCAAUUUCCAUUAGACUAUUGACAGCCAGAAAUGAUAAUGAUUAUAGUUCAUUGGAUUGACCCCUUCUAGAAAAUAAAGACCGUGGAUCUUUUUGGUUCAUUAUGCUGAAAUCCAAAUUUCCCACAAAAGCCAUGUGGUCAAAUAAGCUUUAUUUAUGAAUGAAAGAAAUGACUUAAAGUGCAGUAAUUCUGCAGCUUAAUUAACUGCCAAUGAUUCAUCUAGGGAAUAAAUGAAUCACAAGGUUUACCAGAUAGCCCUACAGUGCACAUACAUAACCUCCCAUGGUGAAUUGGGUACAUGAGUUACAUACAGUGGUGGGAUAUAUGGAGCAUUGGAGGGCAGUAGCUUAAGGGAAGUUGCUGACAGACCUUGACAAAUGUUUACAUUUAGGCACUAAUAUGUUUCUAUGGCUGGAUAAUGAGGGGGAAAUGUAAAAUCAAUUGUGCUAGCAAUUUUAUAAAAAUAUUUGUAUUCAGUGUUCUAUUAAUGGAUAAUGUCUUUGUUGUAUUAAUCUUGUGAGCAAUGAUUUUUAAGGGCUGUAUCCAUCCAAAAUAAUCUGUGGCCUUCCUUGGCAAAGGAAGGGUGUGUGUAUAUA